UUCCUUUUGCCAUGGGUCUGGUUUAGUAACUCAUAAUUCUCACAUUUGUAAUUCAAUCACUUUGUCAUUUAUUCUAUUAUUUUAUAACAGUUUUAAAAUAUUAAAUUAUUGGAAUUCCAAGUAAAUAAGUUAUUACUAGAUUGCGAGUAGCUGAAAACACACGCAUCGAAUGACACAUCUGCCCCUUAAAAAACAAAAAAUGUAAAACGUGCAUAUCGCGGUACUAGUUUAUUUAAGUGCACAGAGAAAGAGGGGAAAUCUGAGUAGAGCGAUGCCUGAAUACUGUGUAACUGGAGGAACUGGCUUCAUAGCCGCCUACUUGGUCAAGACCUUACUUGAGCAAGGUCAUUCUGUGAGAACUACUGUUCGAGAUCCAGAGAAUUUGGACAAGGUUGGCUACCUCUGGGAGUUUAAUGGAGCCAAGGAGAGACUCAAGAUUGUGAAAGCUGAUUUGUUGGAUGAAGGAAGCUUUGAUGAUGCAAUUCAAGGAGUAGAUGGAGUUUUCCACACCGCUUCACCUGUACUCGUUCCACACGAUCACAACAUUCAGGCGACAUUGAUUGAUCCAUGUAUAAAGGGAACCAUGAAUGUACUGAGCUCCUGCAAGAAAUCCCAAAGUGUCAAAAGAGUGGUUCUCACCUCUUCAUGCUCUUCAAUAAGAUACCGCUAUGAUGUUCAACAAGUUUCCCAUCUUAAUGAGUCACAUUGGAGUGAUCCUGAAUAUUGCAAACGCUACAAUCUCUGGUACGCUUAUGCAAAGACUAUAGGUGAGAAAGAAGCAUGGAGAAUAGCAGAGGAUUCUGGGAUUGAUUUGGUGGUGGUUAACCCUUCUUUAGUGGUUGGUCCAUUGCUGGCACCUCAACCAACCAGCACCUUGCGAGUGACAUUGGGCAUAGUUAAAGGUUUGCUAGGUGAAUACCCAAACACAACAGUGGGAUUUGUCCACAUAGACGAUGUAAUUGCUGCUCAUAUUUUGGCUAUGGAGGAAAGCAAAGCAUCAGGGAGGCUUAUCUGCUCAAGCUCAGUAGCUCAUUGGUCCCAAAUCAUUGAAAUGCUCAGAGCCAAAUAUCCAAAUUACCCAUAUGAAAGCAAAUGCAGCAUCCAAGAAGGUGACAGUAAUCCACAUAGCAUGGACACCAGCAAGAUAAUUGGGUUGGGUUUUCCUGGUUUCAAGUCAGUCCCUGAAAUGUUUGACGACUGCAUUAUGAGUUUCCAGAAGAAGGGACUCCUGUGAAGUCAUUCACAAACCCUUCUGAAAACUUUUUAUUCAAUAUUACCUUGAGAUGAUGAUUAGAAAUAAUAAUGUACUUUGUUUUGCUAUGUGCAAUAAAUUAUCCAUCCAAAAUAUUCAAUAA